UCUUUCUCUCUCUCUCUCCCUCUCUCUCUCUCGCUCGCAUGCUGGAAAUGCUGCAGCCCUCUGGUGUGUGUCUGGAUCGCUCUCCCCCCGCUCUAGUCCCUCCUACCAGCCGUGAGAGAGGAGGAGGAGGAGGAGGAGAGGAGGGAGGGAAGGAGGGAGGGAGAAGCGUUCGCUACGGAGGACGAGCCCCCAAACCAGAGAGGGAGGGAAAGAGCGAGAGUGAGCGAGUAAGCGUGCAAGUGAGUGAGAAAGAAAGAGAGAGAGAGCGAGAGAGAGAGAGGCAGUUGGGAGGAGUGAGUGAGUGAGAAAGAGAGAGAGAGAGAGUGAAGCAAGGCGAGCUGAGCCGGAGAAAUAAGGAGCACAUUAGCCAGGGCAGGGAGCAGGGAAGAACCGCAGGGAACGUGAAGCUCACCGGGAGACACAGACACAGGCAUUGUUGUUGCGUGCGUUGGCUUUGGGUUGAUUGUCGUCUGGGGGGAACCUCUCCUUCUUGUUAUCCUGCCUGCCUGCCUGCAAAACAAAAAAAGAAAAACAGAGAGAAAAGCAACGGGCUGCUGAAGCUGAAGCCACUGAGUGAGACUGUCUGACUGGCUCUGCCUCUCCUGCUCACACUGUCUCUGUUUUGGGCUCCUCCGUCCGCGUGUGUCCUCCUUCUCCUCCUCCUCCUCCUGCUUCUCCUCCUGCGUGUGUGACAGACGCUCAGAGCAAAAAAAGGGAUUCUCUGUUUCUGAUCGCUGUGCCGUGCUCUCUGGUUUUGCUGUGUGCAGACCGCUGAAGGAUUGGGAUUGCUACAGUUGCACGCGCGCGUGUGUGUGUGUGUGUGAGAGAGAGACGGAGAGAGACGGAGACGCUGGCUGCACCGCCGCUGCUGCUGCUGCUUCGCUCAUCCCAAAGUGCAUCUGUCAGCGCACCUCCGUGGAUAUCUGUCGCCAACGCGUACAGCGCCGAGCCCCCGGGAUCAGAAGCGCGCCACUGAGAAAGAGAGAGAGAGAGAGAGAGAGCCCCUGCGUGCCGGUGUGUGUGAAAGAGGGGCAGAAAGAAAGAGCGAGUGAGAAAGAGAGAGAGAGAGUGAGAGAGAGAGCGAGAGAGAAAGAUUGAAGCGGUGCUAGACGAGCGCGACAGCUUUAAUAGAGAAGUGAACAGAUCCACCCCCUCCUCCUCCCGUCUUUCUUCUCUACCUCCCUUGUUCUUUUUUCCUCUCCUCCUCCUCUCUCUCCAUUCGGGAGCCAGCCAGCAGACACAGGAGCUGCCGCUGCCGUACACCACCGCUGCUGCCGCUGCCUCCGCCACUGCUGCCACCUGCUUCUCCUCUCCUCCUCCUCAUUCCUCCUCUCUUCUCUUCUCUUCUGAUCUCUUCUCCAUCCUCCCCUCCGUCUGUCCCCCCCCCUACACACACACACACGCAGACAGACUCACUCGUUGGAAGCUGUUUCAUACAGGCAGACAGAGACACAGAGAGAGAAAGAGAGAGAGGGACCGAAGAAAGAACGAGAGCAGAAGCAACUGAUCAAACCUUUUGUCCUCCUCAGCCUUCGCUUGUUGGGACUAUUGUGGGACUAUCGCGUGUCGGACUAUCAUCACUUUUUCUGUCGGAGAGCAUCGCCUCGGAGUCUGCCUCUCGGAAACUGCUCGGACCAUCUGUGUGAUUUAGCGGCAAAGGUGUGCGUGUUUGUGUUUUGUGUGCGCGCACGCGUUUGAGUUAACUGUCACUACCCACCCGGUCGACUCUUCGCCUCGCAAACCACCGCGGACCCGAACGCACCUGCUUACACGAGCAACUCCCUGGUGCCCCGCGCGCGGAACGUCCGUCAGAACCUAGAACGAGCCCCCGAGGCAGACAGGAGUACGUCCAGUGGUUUUUUUUCGUGCCGAUCGGCGAGAUUGAACGUGGAUCGCAUCCCCUCGACCCCCGACGCACACACACUCACUCACUCUCGCAAGCGAUCUCCCGACGGGCAAAAGGAUUCCAUCUACAUGGGCAAGCGAUUGGAGCAGCAACCAAUGUACCCUCAGUACACCUACUACUACCCUCACUAUCUCCAGACCAAGCAGCCCUAUGCUCCACCCCCUCACCCGAUGGCCCCGCCCAGCCCCACCACCAACAGCUGCAGCCACAGCGGAGCGGAGCAGCUGAGCAAGACCAACCUGUACAUCCGCGGCCUUCCCCCCGGCACCACCGACCAGGACCUCAUCAAGCUCUGCCAACCGUAUGGAAAAAUAGUGUCAACCAAGGCCAUCCUGGACAAGAAUACCAACCAGUGCAAAGGGUAUGGCUUUGUGGACUUUGACAGCCCGGCAGCAGCGCAGAAGGCGGUGUCGUCCCUCAAGGCCACCGGUGUGCAGGCUCAGAUGGCCAAGCAACAGGAGCAGGACCCCACCAACCUGUACAUCUCCAACCUGCCAGUGUCCAUGGAUGAACAGGAGCUGGAGAACAUGCUCAAGCCCUUCGGCCACGUCAUCUCCACGCGCAUCCUCCGAGACGCCAACGGGGUCAGCAGAGGUGUCGGCUUUGCCAGGAUGGAGUCUACUGAGAAGUGUGAGGUGGUCAUUCAGCACUUCAACGGCAAGUACCUGAAGACACCACCAGGCAUUCCAGCCCCCAUAGAGCCUUUGCUGUGUAAGUUUGCCGACGGCGGCCAGAAGAAGAGACAGAGCCAGAGCAAGUACCCACAGAACGGCCGACCAUGGCACAGAGAAGGAGAGACUGGCAUGGCGAUAACCUACGACCCCAACGCCAUGCAAAACGGGUUCUACUCCCCGCCUUACAGUAUUGCCACGAAUCGUAUGAUCGCACAGACGUCCAUCACACCCUUCAUCGCUGCUUCACCCGUCUCCACAUAUCAGGUCCAGAGUACAUCAUGGAUGCCUCAUCAACAGUACGUUAUGCAACCAACAGGUGCAGUGAUCACGCCAGGCAUGGACCACACCAUGUCCAUGCAGCCAGCCAGCAUGAUGGGGCCCCUGGCCCAGCAGAUGAACCACAUGUCCCUGGGCACCACAGGGAGUUAUAUGACUGCCGCAGCUGCUGCCGCACCUAUGCAAGGGACCUACAUUCCCCAGUACACUCCUGUGCCUCCAACUGCCGUCCCUGUCGAAGCAUGGAUCUGCGUCGCCACACGGCCAGAGAGGUCUCAUGUCUCAGUCAGCGGUUACCCAGAGAGCGGCGCACGCUGGAGUGGAUCACGGUUCCGGGCCAUAUCGGAACUAGACCCAUUCCAGAACCAGGGUGUGGUGACAGACGCGUCUCCGCAGACGGUGGCGCCCUCGUCGCAGGAGGUGGGGGGGCAGCAGCAGCAGAUCCAGGUGGAGACGACCGGUGAACACGUCCCCGCUUACUCCUACCAGUCCAACGAUGGGACAGGGAGAAUGUACCUGUGACAGCAUUGCCUUGAGUCAGUGGGAAAGGUGGAAGAGGUGGCCACACUGAGAAAGAGGAGAGAAAAACUGACAGAUUGCUUCCAGAUCGCCCGGGCACCAAAAAAAAAAGACAAAAAAACGAAAAAAAAAAGUAAAAAAAAAAAAAGAAAGAAACUAGGGAAAAAAUGUAAAAAGAGAGAUACUUUUAUCACAUCCUACCUGGCCUGAGCACAGAGGCGGAGGGAGGUUGGAAGCUCCGCUGGGCGCCAUGGCAACGGUUGAUAAGGUAUCAUUUGGUAACUUGCCAGCUGGGAUGAGUUGAGGCUUGAAUUCUUUCUCCAAGAAAUUCCUCAAAAAGAAAAAAAGUAUAAAAUGUCAAAAAAUAUAUAUAUAAAAAUAUUGAAAAAACAAAGGUGAGCGCACAGGUAGGGGAGAUGAGGUUUAUUUUUUGGAGUAGAUAAGGAAGAGAGUUUGAGAACUGCAGAUUGUCUUCCUCAGAUAUUAAGCUACCGUUUCUUUUUCACUCUUUCUUUCUUUUUUAUUUCCUCCUGUUCAAAUUUUAGUUUUAUAGAAAUCCUCAAUAACGUUGUGUUUUUUCUUGAAUCUUUAUUGCCUUAAUUUUAAGGACGUCAGAGACAUUGCGUCCUGUGUCUCGUUUGAAAACAGAAGAGAGGUUUUAUCGGUUCCUUGGAUCAUUCGAUGGUACAAGGUGCUAAAAAAAAAAAGUCUAGCUAGAGAGAUAAACCUAUCAAAUAAGCUGUACAGAUUUCAUAGACAUGAGCUUUUCAUUUCUUCAUUUGAAGAAAAACAAACAUUUGGGGUCAUUACUGUGUGAGAGGAAUCUGCAUUGUGAAGAGAAGAUACAAAAUGUUGUGGAACAGGAAUAGCGGAAGAUGAAGCUUUGAGAUUUUUAACACAGAUGUUAAAGAAAAAACACACGUGCUGCGUUUUAGUAAAUGCAGUUUCUUGCAAAUGCUGAACCUGUUUUUUUAUUACCAUGGUUAUAAUUUUACAUGGCAAAAAAAGAAAUUGCUGUCGAUGACUUUAGUGCUUUUUAUCUGCAACCUUUGACCUUUUUUAUGAGCUUUAAGAUGUUUUUAGCCCGCUUUGCUUGUCCCACUGCGAAAAAAAAAAUCAAAAAAGGAAGAGGAAAAAAAAAAAAACAAGACAUUAAAAAAACCCAGAAGAAAAAAAAAAAUACUUGCAAUGAUAAAACUUCGUAGAUUCAGUAGGAGCUUAUGGUCUAACACCAAUCAGUGCAAAAAGCAAUAGAAGAAAUUGUUGACAAUUUCUGUAGUCUUUUCCUAGUUGUGGAUUACAUGCAGCCAGAGGGAUGGCCAUUUUUAUACCAAAGAUGAAGAGACACUCUGAAACAGAGGAAUUUUUGGUGUUUUUUCUUUUCUUUUCUUUUUUCUUUUUUUCAAUUUUGAUUUUUUUUUUUUCCUGUUGAUGUCGGUGUUGAUGUUGUUGAUUGUUGAUAUUGAUUGUUGUUGUAGCUGUUGUCAUUGUUGUUUUUAAUUUGACCUCGAUGGCCGGCCCAGUUCCUUCCUUCUUUCUUUCUUUCUCGAUUUUUCUUCUGUCUUUCUCUUUUCUCGUUUCUUCAUUCUGAAUGGUUGAAGCUACCCUCCAAUGUAGUUUGAAGCGCCACAAAAAGUCUCUAAGAUCUGAACAUAGUUUUAAUCAAGGUAACCCACAGAUGAUUCCACAUUAGCUAUUCUAAACAGGUGACCAGGCACAACUGUCCACUACAGCAACGGAAAUCGCUUUAUCAUCAUAAUUACAAAGCAUUGCUAUUGGAUACGCAUUUGGGCCCAUGUUUUUAGUUUGUGUCGACUGAGAGAUCUAUAACCUUUUGGGGGGAGGGGGAGGGCUUGAUCUCAUAUCAUUGUCUCUUUCAUUUUGUAAACAAAAUUCAUUUCAGAGACAAAAUUGUCUAGUUUAUUUUUGAAGUCCAGACUGAAAUAUCUUGCCCAGCUACCUGAGACAAUGAGGGUAACCUAAAGACUGGCCAUUAGUGUGUGUGAGUCUUUAGUCAACAUGCAGUCAAGCUGUUCUUCAUCACAAACACUGGCUGGGGAGCGUAUCAAGUAGUCCAACAAUAUGCUAUUGUAAAAGGGAGUCGGUAGGAUGUGAUCUUGUGUUGGAAUAAAGUGCAGAGCCAAUGUGACUUGGAAAAUAGGAAAUAGAAAGCCUAGGGGAAUUCACAGACAAGCACACAAGUCCUUCUUUUAACCAGGCGUGUGUGCUGGCACAAGCUCCUCCACAGCAUACUGCCAGCGUUUCUCCACGACUGAGCACAUAAACGGCUUUAUUUCACUGGCACACACACACACACACAAACUAACACACACUCACACACACACAGACCAUGCCCAUGUAAGCUUGUGGAUGACUUCAUUCCAGAGAAUUGUUUCAGUUUAAGGGUCUGUUGGGCACUGGGCAUGCACUGCUCAUUAAAAGCUUGCGUGUCUGGGGGUGGCACACUCACUCAUGGGGCACGGUCCCCUGUACCAGCAUAGCCCAUCGACUAUCUCUUUGUGUCUCGCCCAGAGUUUCAGCAGCAUGACCAAAUUAGCUUCUCAGUCCUCUGUGUUUAGUUUUACUUCCCUUAUUGCAUCGGAUGGUGUUAUGACCAGCAUGCCACUUUUAGCCCCAGUGUAAAAUGAGGCCACAUAGCCUCUAUUUGACCCCUCUCUUUGUUUUGAGUCACCACUCCAACUCUGAACCGUUGCCCUGGGAACCAUCUUGUGUCACACGAGACUGUUUGCGUGCUCCUGCCAUGACAGAUUGGUUUGAUUUCACUCGAGCUCAUUGCUGGAUUCCAUGCCCCCAGAGCUGCAUCAUGGGAAGAAAAUGGCAUACAACUAAAAAACGAGAGCAAGUUGACCCCCCCCCCGGGAUGCCAUGUGUUAUUGUGUCGUCCGCAACAAUCAGAGUGUAUUCUGAGUGCCUUUUACAAAGCUUCCAUGUGAUUCCAAUAUCUCUGAGAUACACGAGAGAAAAAAAAAAAGCACAUUUCAGAGCAGUCUGCAAAGGGUGAGCCCUUGGCAGUCAGAGGUUGCAUGUAUCGAAUGCCACAAACGUACAAUCUCUUCUAAGGUGCUAAGAGGGAAGCUGUCAUGGGCCUUCACCUGCUUUGUGUCACUGCAUGCAUUCAAGCUGUGCAAACCUCUUCUGAUCAUUUGACUGCCAUCUGAUUUCCAAGCCUGCCUGUACAUUGUGCUCACAUGCAGUGAUAUUUCAUGGAAAAGGCAACAACAGUACACCUUGUCACUUUGCUGUGUUGUAAGGCGCACAUGCGAAACAAAGUGGAGGUUGCGUCUCGUGUUCACUUUCACUAAAUGACUUCAGUGUUUCUUGUCCUCCUGGGGAGUCUUUUACACGUUUGGUGCUAAUGUCAAAGCCUUUUGAGCACGAACAGGAACCAUGUGUUCUCUAUAAAGAACCAUUCGAAGCGCCACAAGGAAGUAACUCUCCUACAGAGAUAUGUCGAAAAUCAUUUUUUUAGUCUUUGAGAGUGUCUAAGGGGAAUGAUGAGGAAUGAUCGUUUUCGCCCAUUGCAUUUUCUGUUGCUGAGUGCUUUGAUAACAGUUGAAAGUCGGGAUGUUUUGACAGCGUGAGGUAGUACAAGGCAUCUUCCUUGACAGACAGACAUGUUGCACCAACUGGCCCUACAAAGUCCCGCCGAAAGACAGAGACAGUUUUUGGAAGAGCCGUAAAAAAUGUUGUGAAGCUCACAGUUUGAAGCACAUUUUAAGCAUCUGUUCAAAGGCAGUCGGCCUAAACUGCUAUAUAUGAUCUGACGUCGUAAAAUUCCAGAUUUGUACGGAAUGUGGUGGUGCGUCCAAUGUUUAAGCUAUAUUUAUCAUAAAGACGAUAGAGGAAGUGUACGUUUUUCGGAAUGUUUAGAUAUGAAAUCAAAGCCCAUCGACUGCCUCGCUCACUUCAAACACAUUUGGGUAGGGGGGUGUUCUGAUUCUGG